AAGGCUUUCGUCGUUACACCAUCUCAGCCUGAAAUGUCUGGGGGGCUUUCCACUGACGAUGCAAACAGGCUUCUUAGUGAGGAGCAGGCGAUGUAUGCCCCGUUCUUCGGUUCACUUGGUGUUUCAGCCGCAAUGAUGUUUACUGCGGCUGGGUCCGCUUACGGUACAGCUAAAUCUGGUACAGGCAUAUCUUCGAUGGCGGUAGCGCGGCCUGACCUUGUUAUGAAGGCAAUAAUACCUGUUGUAAUGGCCGGUAUUGUUGCUAUAUAUGGACUUGUCGUCGCAGUCAUUAUUUCCGGUAAAGUUCAAGAGGGCGGAGAGGGCUACACGAUCAAUAAUGGGUUUAGUCAGUUUGCUGGAGGUACUGUUUGUGGCCUAUGCGGACUUGGUGCUGGUUAUGCUAUUGGCAUUGCCGGUGACGCGGGAGUUCGAGCACUGUCUCAGCAGCCUCGGUUUUUCGUGGGGAUGAUCCUCAUUUUGAUUUUUGCAGAACCCAAAAUUGUAAUUGAUAAUGAUGAACAUUUAAUGCAAAAUAAAAUUUGCUACCGGUGGUUAAGUUUUUGUCCUCAGCCGUUGAUUUUCACGGAUUGCUUGAUAUCUUCUGUAAUUGAUUUUGCAACCGGUUGGUCUUUGAAGAUGUCAUACGAUCUUGCAGUAGCAGAAAGAGCGGCGUAUGCGCCAUUCUUCGGAUAUAUGGGAGCAGCAUCUGCGCAGAUUUUUACCGUUUUAGGAGCCGCAUACGGAACAGCAAAGUCUGCCGUCGGCAUCUCAAGUAUGGGUGUGAUGCGCCCAGAACUGAUUAUGAAGUCGGUUAUUCCAGUUAUUAUGGCUGGUAUCAUUGGUAUCUACGGGCUUGUCGUGGCAAUGGUCUUAAAAGGUAAGGUGACGUCAGCAACAGAUGGUUAUACUCUGGAUAAGGGGUUUGCCCACCUUGCUGCCGGGCUCACCUGUGGGCUUUGUGGACUGGGUGCAGGAUACGCAAUUGGAAUAGUUGGUGAUGCUGGUGUGCGUGGAACGGCCCAGCAACCACGUCUUUUCGUUGGAAUGAUCCUUAUUUUAAUUUUCUCUGAGGUAUUGGGUCUUUAUGGUAUGAUUGUCGCUCUUAUCCUUGGCACAUCAUAG